CGGUGUCCCCCCCGGAACCCAAAAACUUCUCCAUUGCAAAAAGUGUUUUUUUUACGCCAGUAAAUUUGUGCCUAGGGCCUCCCCAGCUGAACCAAAUUCCAUGUAGAGAUUUCAGAGAGUAAUAGCAGAAAUCGAAGUGAGAAUGGGAGAUGAGACACCAGCAAGAGAGAACAAGAAGAAGAUCCGUGGGCUGAAUAUCCCCGACGAACUCGUACUCGACAUCCUCUCCAGACUCCCCGUCAAAUCCCUACUCCGAUUCAAAUCCAUCUGCAAAUCAUGGCUGUCCAUGAUUUCGCACCCUCAAUUCAUCAGAACCCACCUCCAUCGCUCUACCCAAUCUCCCCAUUGCCCAAGACUCCUACUCAAAACGAACCGAUCCCCUCUCUCCUUCGUUUCGAUCGAUUUCCGAACCCCCAAUCGCGAAUCCGAAUCGCUGCAGUGUCCGUGGGAGAACUCGGAUUCCUUUAUCCAGCCGUUGUGCUCGUGCGAUGGCCUAAUACUCCUGUCUCUUCAUGACGGACACUUUGUUGGAACUAAAUCUGGUAGGUCCUUUGUUCUUUGGAACCCAUCCGACAGAUCGCACAAGAUAAUUUCAUGCCCCUAUGAGCUUCCUUUCUGUGCACUUUAUGGACUUUGUUACGAUUCCACUGCUCAUGAUUAUAAGGUGUUUAUUGUUUCGCAAGAAAGUGAAACCUCUGUGGCGAUUUACAGUUCAAGAAACAAUUCUUGGAACUUGGUUAUGGACAAUCGUUAUUAUCUUUAUGCGUCGGAACAUCAGGCCAUUGUGAAUGGAGCUGUUCACUGGGUAAUGUGUUCGAGAGAGUUCGACUCGUGGGUCAUUGUUUACUUUGAUUUGGUGGAGGAAAAGUUCAAGGAGGUGCCGCCGCCAAGCCUUUGGAAUGAAGAUGAUGAGAUGAAUUUGGUGGUAUUGAGGGGAUUCCUUUGCGUGUAUUGUGAUAUCGGUGUAAGGCAGAUUGAGGUCUAUGCAAUGAAAGAGUAUGGGAAGAAAGAAUCAUGGGCUAGAUUGUUUGUCAUUCCUUGUGCAAUAGAAAGAAGGGUUCCUUGUUCUACCUAUUUGAAGCCUUUGUGUCUCACAAAGAAAGGUCAAGUUCUUGUAUCAGUGGGGAAAAGGAGGAUAGGCAUUUACGAUCCUAAAGACCGUACAUUUUUACUGUAUGACUCUGUUCGUGGUCGGACGGCAAUUCCAUAUGUGGAGAGCCUAGUUUCACUCAAUGGCGGGGUGUGAAAAGUGUGGAGGCAACACCAAGAAAAACAUCAAGAGCAGGGUAUCUUCUUGGCAAUGGUAUGAUCCACACUGUAAGGGAAGUUUGAGAGUCGAAUUUAUGGAGUUGGAUAUCACCUGGAUGUAGUUACACAGAGACUUGGGUAUAAACAAGCUUUCUUAUUGAAGGAAGUUAGUUUUGGUGGGUAUGCUAUGAUGCACGGACACCGAUACCGACACGGACACCGAAACCGACACCGGGACACGGGAAUUCUAAAAAAAUGGAGACACGGACACGGCGGGGGACACGACACGUGUAUAUUUAUUUAUUUAUUUAUAUAUAUAUAUAAAUAAAUAAAUAAUUAUAGUUUAGCACCCAGAAAUUUUAAAAAAUAUAUAAUUUGGCCCCAAAUUUUUUUAAAAAAAAUUACAGUUUGACCUCCAAAUUUUUCAAAAAUUACAGUUUGGCCCCCAAAAUUUUAAAAAAAAUUAUAGUUUGACCCCUGCCGUGUCCCCAUCGGUGUCCCCGCCGUGUCCCCAGCGGUGUCCCCCUCAAAAUUUAAUAUUAAAAUAUGGGACACGCCACGUGGCGUGUCCCGUACGUAUCUCCAAGGUGUCCCGCGGUGUCCCCGUGUCCCCGUGUCCUGACAUUGCGAUACUUCGACCUUUAGAGGUGUCGGUGCUUCAUAGUGGGUAUGUAAUCCCAACGAUUGUAUGGGGACCUAGAGCACAUUGGAGCUUGGAUUUUAUCAAUCGAUGAAGCUGAAGGGGCCGACAAGUGGAAACCUAUGGGGUACCGACGGGCACGCGGGACCCACUCUGGGUCCCACACGGAUGAUCUGAGCCGUUCAAUAAUUUAAAACAAAAGCUGAGCGGGCCCGUGAAAAAAUUAGUUCAAAUUCAAUAUGUGUAGGUGCUCGAUCCAAUCUUCCAUAUUAGUAUGGAUGCUAUCGGUACCAAUAGCAGGUUUCUUUUAUCAAUGGUCAGCGCGCAACGUUGGUGCUGCUUAAACAGAGAUGUUAAUUUUCAUUUCAUGGAGUUUCGUAUUUGAUUGAAUGUUUUUAUUUUUGUUACAAGAAUGAUAAGUAGUGGAUAUAUUUCUUCCUCUUUCUUCUUUUCAGUUGAUUUCUGCCUUGUAAGAUGGGCAGAGUUUGGUUUCUUCAGGGUUACCCAAUUUCACUUUGGCCCUUUCACUUGUAAGAGUCAUGUGCGUCUCCGUCGGCUAAUCUCUUGAGAUUUUUUGAUUCCUUGGCCUAACGGCUUCGUGGGGCGGCGGCGGUCUGUCGUCUUCUUGGGUGGUGGCCUACUUAUGUGGUGGUGGGCGGUGAAGUUCGGCACCAUUAGCUAGGGUGUGCUAUGUGGUAGGGUUUAUUUGGGCUUAGUCCCUUGUAUUCUGGGUUUUUAGGCCAUUUAGGGGUUUGGGUUGCGUACCAUCUGGUUUAAUUGUUGGGUUUGUCCCAUGUAUUUGGGCUUUAGGCCUUUCAGGUAUUUAAGCUUGUCCCACUUUGGUGUUUCCUUGGUUGGCGACUUGCCAACAUAAGAUUUGGGUCUCGGAUUAGACACUGUGUUGUUAUCUCCUUACUCUUGUUAAUCAUUGUAACAAUUCAAAGGUUAAUAAAAUUUCUUUUUCGCUGUUUAAAAAAAAAAAAAAACCCUUGUAAGAGGCUUUCUGAUUAAAAAGAACAGGAUGAUGGAAAGUAAUAGCGAAAGAAAGAAAAAUGAACGAACGAAAAAGGAAAAUAAACAUAAAUUUUAAUUCAUGGGUUUUAUUAGUAUUAGGGCUCGUUUCACUAACACUGUUUUUACUUUUAAAAAAAGUGCACGUUUUGUCCUUAUUCAAAUUUUUUUCUCUUUUGUAAGUUUUGUGUCAAACUUUUGUGGUUAUUAUUGAGUUGAGAUUAGGGGUGUACACGGUUCGAAUUGGUCCGGUUCUUUUGAAAAUCAAUAACCGGAUCAUUUCAAACGGUUUUAGAAAAUUAAGAACUAGAACAUAACCAAUAUAUGCAGGGAACCUAAUUAAAACCAAACUGCAACACCGGUCCGAUUUUGGUUCGGUUCGGUUCUAUCCAAUAAGUAUUCAAACAUUUAUUCACAAAAUAUGAACUCAUAAAA